ACAAAAUAUACGUUCCAUUUUAACGACCAGUGACAGUUUCGUUAAAUUUGUUAAAAUAACAACAACAAAACAACUCUAAACCAUGUUUCCUAUGAUAUAAAUGAUGGAAAAAAUCUUUAAAAACAUUUUUAAACUACAAAUUACGGAAAGCGAUCAUACAUCAUAAUUAAUUUACUCCGGGGUCGUUUUUUGUGAGUUAGUGUUAAUUUUAAAGAGUUGCCAAAAUGUUAACAGUACUCAGAAGUUCCGUAAUGAGAUCAAUGGGAAGGUCCUUUUCGAGUAGGGCAGCUUCGUUGGACAAUUUGGAUGCUCAGCAACAAGCUGCGAUGAUGAAUGAAAAUUGUUUCUUAGUAGACGAAACUGACAAAAUUAUCGGAAAGGCCAGUAAAAAAAACUGUCACUUGGUAAACAACGGGGAAUUACUGUUGCACAGGGCUUUUAGCGUGUUCCUAUUUAAUAAGAAAGGAGAUUUACUUCUACAGAAAAGAUCUCCUUACAAAAUAACGUAUCCUAAUUGUUACACAAACACUUGCUGCAGUCAUCCCAUAGCAGAAGUGGCUGGCGAAGAAAACGGCACCGAGGGAGUGAAAAGGGCGGCAAUACGUAGACUAAAUUACGAACUCGGCAUUCCCAUUGAAAGCAUGCCCUUAGAAAAAUUCGAAUAUAUUACAAGGAUUCUCUAUAAAUUUUCAGAUGGAACGUGGGGAGAGCACGAAUUAGAUUAUAUUUUCUUCUUUAAGGACGACGUCGAAGUCGAUCCGAAUCCAAAUGAGAUAGCAGAAGUUCGUUACAUAGGCAAAAACGAGGUAGAUAGUUUUGUUAGUGAUAUAAAAGAACCUCUGUCGCCUUGGUUUCGUUUGAUUUUAAAAGAAAAGUUGAAAUUUUGGUGGGAACAUUUAGAUAAUCUCGAUGCAAUCAAAGAUCAUAAAAAUAUCUCGAAAUUUUAAUAUAAAACGGGCAUAUGUGUACUUAUUUGCAUAGUAGAAUUCAUCUCUUUAUGAGAAUGAAAAAAAUGCCAUAAAAACAACAAAGAAUAUCGGCAGUAGAACAAAUACUGAUGCAAACUCAUACACUCUCUAAUAAACAACGUAGCUGGAGAUCCUGUUGGGGAUAAAUGGUAUAAAAUUUUAAAAAAGUCAUUAUAUAAAAAAUGUUGCACCAUUUACCCCUAUUAAGAUCUCCAGUUCUCCAGUUAAGUUUUACUUGUUUUAGUAACUUGCUUUAGCUACUUGAUACGUGUCCUUGUCCCCACGCCUUAAAAUCAUUGCAUAGUGAACCUAAUAGCCAAAAUAUAGCGAGUGUAUGUGUUUUCGAAAUUAAAGUACUCAAAUAUGUCCAGACGCAUCAGUAUUUGUUCUAUUGCGGAUAUUAUUCUUUGUUGUUUUUAUAGCUUUUUUUCAUUCUCAUAAAGCGAUGAUUUCUACUACACUAAAGGCGCGAUUACACAUAUCAAGUAGCUAAAUCAUAAAUAGCUACUUGACACGUGUAUCCGCGCCUUAACUGAUCCUACUCAAUUGUUAUUGUCUUUAGUAAUCAAAUUUAAAUUAUAUAAUUCUUAUGGUAACAUCAGAAAUGUUUUAAAAACAGACGUGGUAUUUGAUAUCAGAUUUUUAUUCAGAGUAACUUAGAUUUUGUAUUGAACCGCACUAAACAUGCGCCUCUGAUCAGGGUUACAGAUAGAUAUUUCAAAUAAUUAAAUAAACUUCUAUGUAGUUUUAAUUCACUUAAAAAUAAACAGUUUUAUACAUUACGGUAAAAAGAAUGUAAUUGCUGUAUAAUUUGAUUGUUGUACCCUUCCAAAACCGGUUUGCCCUUAACGUAUUCACAAUUUUCGAACAAAUAUUGCAAGGGUGUUUGAUACCACACGUUCUUAGUACUGGCAUCUAACAAAUUCAAAGUGUUCAAUUGAAGUACACCAAAGUGGAAGAUUCUACCGUCAGUUUGGACACAUUGUACAGUAACAGGUUCGUCGAGAGUUUUCCC